AUGUUGAAUGUUGGAGGUGUAAGCAGAGAGCUACAUGGAUGGAGCGGUAGGGUGGUGAUGUCGGAUGGCAGGCCGAAGAUCGAGGGAGGGAGGUUCGUGGAGGAGAGUCUGGAGCUGAGAAGCGGUAGCGAAGGAAAAACAAGGGAACAGGAGUAUGUCUUCCAAGAACUGGAAAAGCGACGCAAAAGGACACAAUCCCAGAGAGAUUGGAGUCUGGAUCAGUAG